AUGAAUUUUUUACAUUGGUUCUUAAUACAUUGUUUAAUUUUAAAAUUGCUUCAAUUGUCGGGAACAAAUGCUGGAUGCUGUCAAAGUCAACAGCACGAGAAUGAAUCGGAGGCUCAAGUCGAUUAUGAUGGAGAAGGGGAAUGUGAAGCAGAAGAUGAUAGUGAUGGAGAUGAAGGCGAUUUUCAAGAAGAAAAUCCUGAUACUGGAGGACAAUGGGAAGAAGAGUAUGAAGGCGAUUUUCAAGAGGGAGAGUGGGAAGAAGAUUAUGAAUGCGAAGCUCAAGUAGAACAUCAAUAUACCGAGCGAGAAAGUGACUUGAUGCCUUCUUCAUCACAAGGAGAAACUAGCUACCAUUAUGGUGCAUACGAUGAGGAUAUUCAUCUGUCUCAGCCACACGAUGAAGAGGCAACAGAUUGGGAAAAUCAGCCUUCUUCAUCCCAAACAGGAGGAAUGCCUUAUAUCACUUGCGAUGAUGACAUGACAGCUCACGUUCAAAAUUUAUCAGAAAAUAUUCAAAACAUAAAGUUAAAAGGUCACAAAUUUUAUUAUUUUUUUCAUAAAAGAUCAUUUUAA